UGGAGGGAACUAUAAGAGAAGGUAAAGAACUCGGUUAUGAAAGAAAAGAAGAAGAUAAUUCCGUGGAAGAUGGGAAGAAGAGGUUGGCAUAGCAAGAAAUGGAAAGUGAAAAAAAGAGAGCUAAGAAGGGAUAUGAGAAAAAUGAAAAAAGAAAAAAUCAGUAAAGAAGAGUAUAUUAGAAAGAAGAAAGAGUACAAAGUAUGGUACGAAGAAGAAAGGGAGAAGCACGAAAGGGAAGAAGAAGAAAGGAUAAAAUUGAUAGGAUCGGAGAAAGAGGUGUGGAAAUAUAUCAACAAAUUUAGAAAAAGAAGAGAAAGAAUAGACGAAAAUAUCGAAUUGAAGGAAUGGAAGAAACAUUUCAUAGAAUUAUUAGGAGGUACGGAGAAGAGGAUAAUUUGGGAAGAAAAAAAGGAAAAGAGAGAAGAGAGAAAAGAAGAAAAGGAAAUGGCAAACAAAGAGGAAAUAACAAAAGAAGAAUUAGCGGAACAACUAAGAGAGUUAAAAAAAGGAAAAGCACCAGGAGAAAAUGAAAUAGAGAACGAAGCAUGGAGACUGAUGCUGGAGGAAAUAGGAGAGGUGCUUUGGAAGUCAAUAAAUAGAAUAUGGAAAGAAGGAGGAAUCCCGAAUGACUGGAACAGGGGGCUAAUAAGCCCAAUAUAUAAAAAAGGUGACAAAACCGAAGUCAAGAAUUACAGAGGGGUAACAUUAAUGGAUACAGCGUAUAAGGUAUAUGCAAACAUACUAAAUGAAAAAUUACAAAGAGAAGUGGAUGGAAAAUUAGAAGAAAACCAAUUUGGAUUCAGGAAAGGAAGAGGAACAACAGACGCAACAUACGUUCUAAACUACUUACAAGGGAACCUCGCGAACUUGAAAAUUCUGAUACUUCUUGGUCCGGAUCCAUUAGCGGUGACAUGCCAAAGAGUCGACGCAGAUCGAUGA